CAUACACAGAAGGUCUCAAACUAAACAAAGCACCCCAACCCCAACGCCUGCAGCCUCUGGUUCGGCCCGCAGAGAAGGGGAGGAGGAUCAGGGCAGGCCGGGAGCCAUGCAGCGGCAGCUGGAGCUCGCUGCCCUCGGUGUGGCCCUCGCCGGGUGGCUGUGCGCCAUCCUGACGCGCUGCCUGGCCCUGUGGACGGUGAGCGGCACCGUGGACAACGUCACGGCCACCCUGCCGGCCUACUGGGACGGGGUGUGGCUGGAAUGGGAUCACUGGGAUCUGUCCCACGACGGCAGCUUACACUGCUCGUUUUACCAGUCCCUCAUGUCUCUCUCCGGGAACUUUCGGACGUGGCGGGCCCUCGUCAUGGCCGCCAUUGGGGCCGGGGGUUUCGCCACGGCGAUCGGAGCCACGGGGGUCGUGUGGUUCCCCGCGCGUGGCCAAUUCAAAGUGUUUUCUGGCGCCCUCUUCGUCCUGUCCGGGCUCCUGCUGCUGGUUCCCACCGCCUGGACGUGCCACCACACCGGGCAGCCGCUCGAGGGCGCCGUGCUGCUGCGGAGGGACUGGGGCCCGGCGCUGUACCUCGGGUGGAUCUCCUUAGUCCUGAUGGUGGCCGGGGGAGCGGUUCUCACCACCAGAUGCCACAUCGCGGAGAGGCCGGCAGAGCGGCCGGGGCUGGGGGGGCAGGAGGAGUCCAGUCACCCACUCAGCCGGAUCAGCAGGACUGUGUUCACAAAUAGCCAGUAUGAGCGCAGAUGCGAACCCAUCUGAGGGA